GCUUAUGCUCAGGAGUUACUGACUACGAAGACAGAAAUUUUCGUUUCCAAAAAAUUUGCAGUUGCAUUAACUCAUAUGGCGUCGGAGAAGCGAUGCCUCUACGAGGUGCUGGGCCUUCACCGCGACUGCACGCCGGACGAGAUCCGCUCCGCGUACAAGAAGCUUGCCCUCCAGCGGCACCCUGACAAGCUCGUCCAAUCGGGUCUCUCCCAAGCCAACGCCACCGCGCAGUUCCAGGAGCUCGUCCACGCCUACGAGGUCCUCUCCGACCCCAAGGAACGCUCCUGGUACGAUUCUCACCGCUCUCAAAUCCUCUUUUCCGACCCCAAUUCUGUCUCCAACUCUCCCAUCCCCAACCUAUUCUCUUACUUCUCCAACACUGUCUAUUCGGGUUACUCCGAUUCGGGUCGAGGGUUCUUCAAUGUGUAUUCCGAUCUUUUUACCAAAAUUUAUUCCAAUGAGAUGAAUUUCGCUAAGGAGAUGGGAUUGAGGUUGGAUACCGUGAAGGAUGCUCCAUUGAUGGGAAAUUUGGAGAGCUCGUAUAGCCAGGUGACUUCUUUUUAUAAUUAUUGGCUGGGGUUCUGUACGGUUAUGGAUUUCUGUUGGGCAGAUGAGUAUGAUGUGAUGGCAGGGCCGAACAGGAAAUCUAGGAGAGUGAUGGAGGAGGAGAACAAGAAGCUGAGGAGGAAAGCGAAGAGGGAGUAUAAUGAGACAGUGAGGGGGUUGGCGGAAUUUGUAAGGAAAAGGGAUAAGAGGGUCAUUGAUAUGAGUCUAAGGAGGAAGCAGAAGAUUGAGGAGAAGAGAGAGGAGGAGAAGGAGAGGAAGAAGCAGCUAGAACGGGAGAAGAUGGAGCGAGCCAGGGCAUAUGAAGAGCCCGAGUGGGCAAAAGUUGCAGAUGUGGAUGUUGAUGAGGGAAAUUGGGAGGAGAUGGAGCAGAGAGGGAGGAAGGAGGGAAAUGAAGAGAAAGAGAAGAAGGAGCUUUACUGCGUGGCAUGCGGAAAGAAAUUCAAGAGUGAGAAGCAGUGGAAGAAUCAUGAGCAGUCAAAGAAGCAUAAGGAGAAAGUGGCAGAGCUUAGGGAGUCAUUUUUUGAAGAAGAGGAGCAGGAUGAUUUGAAGGAGUUGGGGGAGACUGUGGUUGUGGACGAGGUGUUUGAGAGAUUUAGGGAUGAAUUAGAGAUUGGAAAGGAUGAGGGGGAGAGGGAGGAUGAGAGUGUGGUUGUUGACUUGAGUGAGGAGGAUGGAUUUUUUAAUGUUGAGGGGGGAGAUGAAGAGAAUGUUGGUAUUGAUGAUGCUAGUGAUGAUGGUAAGGGGGAUGAGGAAAUGAGUAUUCUUGAUGUAAUGGUCUUGGGGCAUAGGAGUGGGAAACAUGAAGCUUCAAGGAGUAAGGAGGAGGUUGUGCGUACAGAAGUUCAUACCAAGGAUGAUAGUGAUGAGGAGCAGUUUAUGGACUAUAAUUAUGGAAAGAGGAGAAACAGAAGGGGAAAGAAAGAAAGGAGUAAGAAGAAUGCUGGUGAAGCUAUGAAUGAAACUAAAAGUAAAAAAGAGGAAGCUAAUGUAAGUGAAAGUCAGCAAAUGGAGGGGCAGGAGGCCUCUUCGCAUGCCUUUUCACAAAAUGAAAGCUUUAAUGGUGAACGUUGUUCUGAGGCAGUGGAAAAUCAUAACAAUUCAAAGGAAUCUGAUAAUAAAGGACCUACCAAGAAAGACACAAACUACAAAUCGAAGAAUGUAUCCAAAGGGAGGAAAGCAAAGGCAACUACAAAACAUUCUUGGAAUAUGUGUGAGACAUGCGGAGAGGCAUUUCAGUCAAGGAAUAAAUUACAUCAGCAUUUGGAUGAUACUGGUCAUGCCACAUUGAAAUUCCGAUAGAAUCAACAGUGUACUACCUUCUACGUGCUGUGGCUAGUGGUUACACACCAGCUCAUCGUUCCAAGCAUUACAGAAGUUGGGUAGCUGGGAGCGUACAUUUUCUUCCAAUGUAUUUAUUAGAAAACGAUUUUUAGGAUGAAGUGACGUGGGCUGCCACGUUGUUGGCCCACAUUUUAUUUAUAAUUAAUUAAUUAAAAUCAAUUUUUGAUUUGAUUUCUCUAGGUGUGGUUAUUGUCACAUUUAAGAGGAAAAUAAUAUACUUACAAUAUCAUAUUAUAAUUAUAUGAUAUGAUGUAUUAUUGUUUACAUAAUAAUCAGUAAUUUUUUGA